AUGCCUUCAAAGAGCCUGUACCCUGACUUGCCAAUUCCAGAUGUGGAUCUCUGGGCGUUUCUCUUCGAAAGGAAGGACAAGCCAUAUGCCGAUGACAAAGGCAUGUUCACACGUUACGGCCAGAUGAUUCGAGAUACUGCGAUCACCUUUGGCAAAGGGUUGAAGUCACUCUGGGAGUGGCAAAAAGGCGAUGUUCUCGCUUUGUACACACCCAACUGUAUCGACACACCUGCAAUAACAUGGGGUUGUCACUGGGCAGGAGGUAUUCUCUCUCCGGCGAACCCAAACUACACUGUUGAGGAACUUGCAUUCCAACUCAAGGAUUCCGGAGCGAAGGCUUUGGUGACCCAGCUUCCUUACAUCAAGAAUGCGCAAGAGGCUGCGAAGCAAGUUGGCAUCCCUCUUGAUCGCGUGAUCGUAAUGGGUGAUCAGAAAGAUCCGUCUUACAAAGUGAAGCAUUUCACUAGCAUCGUUAACACAGCUGGAACAUCGAGAUGGCGAAGAACAAAGGCCACCAACCCGUCAGAAGAUCUGGCGUUUCUGGUGUACUCUAGUGGAACUACAGGUCAUCCUAAGGGUGUAAUGCUGACCCAUCGCAACAUCGUCUCCAACACAAUGAUGAUCAAAGCUGCGGAGGCUGGUAAACUACAGCCAACCGGUGGACCGACUGGUGAAGGUGAUAAACUUCUGGCUUUCUUGCCGUUCUUCCACAUCUACGGCCUGACUUGCCUGAUCCACCAGAGCUUGUACUCUGGGCUCCAACUUGUUGUGAUGCCAAAAUUUGACCUGGAGGACUUCUGCAAGUUCAUUCAAGAGCUCAAGAUUACAUUUGCUUACGUAGUACCGCCAAUCGUUCUACUCCUCAGCAAACAUCCUUUGGUAUCGAAUUACGACCUCAGCUCAAUCAGGAUGAUGAACUCUGGCGCAGCGCCCUUGACUAGGGAGCUCGUAGAUGCGGUUCACGACAGAUUGAAGAUUCCAGUCAAGCAAGGAUACGGCUUGUCAGAAACUAGCCCAACAACGCAUACUCAACCAUGGGAAGAUUGGAACAAGACCAUCGGAUCCGUAGGCAAACUUCUGCCCUACCAGACAGCAAAGUACAUGUCUCCAGAGGAGAAGGAGAUGGCAGUUGGGGAGGUUGGCGAAUUGUGGAUCAAGGGCCCGAACGUCUUCAAGGGCUAUCUGAACAAUCCUGAGGGAACUGCGCAUGCAAAGACAGCAGAUGGGUACUUCAAGACAGGUGACGUUGGAUACCAAGACAAGGACGGAAAUUUCUUCAUUACCGACCGCGUGAAGGAACUCAUCAAGUACAAGGGAUUCCAGGUACCACCUGCGGAAUUGGAGGGUAUCUUGGUCUCACACCCCAAGAUUAACGACGUGGCUGUGAUUGGAGUGUAUUCGAAGGAUGAUGCCUCUGAGCUGCCGCGCGCGUACAUCGUACCCAAGGAUGGGCUUGGCAAGACCGAUGAAGAUGCAAAGGAGAUCAUAGACUGGCUGAGCGCAAAGGUCGCGCAUCACAAGAGACUACGCGGCGGAGUGAGGUGGGUUGAUGAGAUUCCCAAAUCUCCCCCACGAACAAUAGCUACUGCGAUACUGUCAAUGUGCAGUAUGAGUAAAGACUUACGCACCCCAAGGGCCACUCCAGCUCCGAGAGCGACAAUUAAGCGGAAACCGGAUGUUAUCGAUCUCGAAUCUUAUGAAGAGAGAGCUGUCAAGAAGCCACUCAUACCGGUAACCAAGUCGCUGGCUCUGCGAGAAGAAGAUAUGCUCUUCCAGAUCUCGGUCACGGUGAACUCCAAAAUCGAUGUAUCCCCCCCAAAGCUGCGUGAGGCCCUCCAGAAGUCCUACCAGACCGCGUGCUACACGCACAUGUUCGCACUCCAGGCUGGCACGACACCCAAACAUCAUCAGAUUUAUAACAUUGUCAAAGGAGAGCGCAUCCGCUCGGAGUCAGUUACUUUCACCAACACGAUCGUCCAGCACAACAUCUUCGAUCUGGGAAUGGCCAACAUCAGACUAUUAGAGAUUCUCACGGAUGCUUUAAUGGGCAAGCUCGACAAAAGGACGUUCGUGGAGCUAAAGACGGAGAGCGGCUUACUGAAUCCGGAAUUCAUUGAGCUUCAUUCUCCGAGCCAAAAUUACCCUUUCAAAUCUGCGACUCUGAACUCAUCGACAAUCGACAACAUCACGACCGUCACGAUGCCGAAGGAAGUCAAGCAGAAGUCUGGCCUCAUCGUUGGCCUCAACGCCGGCCACAAGGUCACCCCCAGGACCCCCGCUCCCAGGAUCUCGAGGAGGAAGGGUUUCCUCUCCAAGCGCACUGCGUUUGUCCGUGAGAUCACCAAGGAGGUUGCUGGUCUUGCCCCAUACGAGAAGCGCAUCAUCGAAUUGCUUCGCAACUCCAAGGACAAGCGUGCCCGCCGUCUAGCGAAGAAGAGGCUCGGUACCUUCGGUCGCUCAAAGAGAAAGGUCGACGAGAUGACCAAGGUCAUCGCCGAGUCGAGGCGCGCUGGUCACUAA